CUCGUGCUUUGUAUAUAUAGGAGACAAAGAGUGACGCGCUCUCUCUCAAGCUACGCCUUGUGAGCGUCGCUGCGAGUGCCUCGCCGGAAAAUUCAUCGGUUUCUCCCGACCUUGAUCCGAAAACUCACCGGAGUCCGCCGGAAAAUUGAACAAGUUAAAGAGUGAGUCGGAAGCAAGAAAGGCAGAGACAUUUUGCAGAACCGAUUAAAAAAUUCCAAGCUUUAUAAAUACAAAGCUUUUCGCAAAUUUAUCAAAUUUUUAUCAAUUUUUAUUCACAUUUUUCUCUGUUCUGAGAAAGCAGAGAGAAAUGGUAGUGAAAGUUGCUUCGACCUGCUUGCAAUGGUCGCAGUCGAUCGUUCCUCACUCGACGCCGUCAUCUCAAGCGCUAGCCUCCUCAAUCGCUUCUCCUUCCUCAAAACGACGCAACAGAGGCGGCGACGGUGGAGGUCAGUUAUGUCUCUACGUCCACAGCUUGAACCGGUCGGCGUUGUUCGGUGCGCCGUUGACGAAGCUGAGCCGGUCCCGGUCCUGCGGCUACCAGAAGCCGAGAUUCCGGUCCAUUAGACGAGCUUGCAGUGCCAGUCUGGACGCCUUCUCAGACGAAGAGUUCUCGAAGAAGAUUCAAGAGCUCGCUCUCAGAUUCCAGCUCUCCGACAAUUUUGACGGCGAAGAUGACUUUAACAGCCGGUUCCAGUUGCCGCUCGAUCUAGAGCCACCGUGGCCGACCGAUUGGCAGCGGAGGGACGAGAUUGUCGCGGAGGUUAGCAUCGAGCGGAAGGCAAACAGCGUCGACCUUCCGCUUUCGCUCCGAAUCAUCAAGCGGAAGAUGCAGUGGCAGGAGGGUUUCCGAGAAGCUGGGGAAUCUGCGUGCUGCUCUGUAAAAAGGGCCUUCUCUUCCAUGGUGUUCAUAAUCCGAGAGCUCCAUAGCUACACCUUGCAGAUGAGAGAGAUUCUCUUCUACGAAGAUUUGCAGGGGAUUUUAAGCAGAGUGCAGAAGGAGAUGCAAGCUUCGUUCGUCUGGCUAUUUCAACAGGUCUUCUCUCAGACGCCGACCCUAAUGGUGUAUGUAAUGAUCCUCUUGGCGAAUUUUACUGUCUACUCAUUAGGCCACAACGCCGCCAUUGCGGCUGCUCCGCCGCUCGGGUUGUACGCCAGUGCAGCCGAGACUCUUUCAGUGGAAGAAGUUCAGACUCAGAACGAUAAAUUGGAUAACCCCCAAUUUGAUUCUUCCACAAGUAAGUCGUUUUCAGUGACCGGCAACAGCAAGAUGACAUCCGUAGGCGGAAACAAUGGCGGUGGAGGGAAGGUCCGACCGGUAGGUAGCGGCACAGACGGUGACGGCCGGUUUGACCGGUCAGACCAGUACCGGACAAUAGUCCCCGACGGGGCUUCCCAAUUGUCCUCAUUCGGGACAACCAGAGAAGCAGAGUCGGUUUCGGGGCAAGAGAGCAGGGAGGAGGAGCUGGCUCUGUGGAAUUCAGUAGUGGAAGAAGCUCAUCAAAUGCGGGGCGUACAAGAAUCUCUGGAUCACGAAACGAUGCAGAGAUUUGUUUCGCCGGUGACGGCGAAUAUCGAGGCGGAUGGUUACGCCGAGUUCUUCAGAACUGAGCUUCUUUACCGAACGGAACUGUCCGUGGAGCCUAGCAACGCUCUGCUUCUUGCUAAUUACGCGCAGUUCCUCUACCUAGUUGCUCAUGAUUAUGACAGAGCUGAAGAGUACUUUAAAAAAGCGGUAGGGGUGCAACCGCCGGACGCGGAGGCGUACAACAAAUACGCGACGUUUCUGUGGAGGGCUCGGAACGACUUGUGGGCGGCAGAGGAGACGUUCUUGGAAGCCAUCUCGGCUGACCCAACCAACUCCUUCUACGCCGCCAACUAUGCUCAUUUUUUGUGGAAUACCGGUGGUGAGGAAACUUGCUUCCCUCUCAACUCCGCUGAGACUGAUGACAUCGAAGAUGCUUAGUAAAUAUAAAAAAAAAAAAAAAAAAAAAAACAAUGAAAGAAAAAAGGGGUACAGAAGAGAUAGAUUUUCAUGUAGUGGGGAAGUUCACUAAGACAAUAUUCUAAGUCAAAUGCAUGGCAGUGCGUAUUAGCUUGGGAUUUGUUACAUUAGCAUUCCGAAUGUAAGUUUCUAUCUCCAACGCCAACGGCGGAGCCGGCACCUUCGUUAAUUUUCCCAAUUUUACUCGGAAUAUGGUAUUAGAAAACCUAAAAAGAAAAAAAGAAAACAGAGAAGCGAGAGGUACUGUAUUUUUAUAUUUAUAUGUUGAUUCCUCAAGUUUUGGUGGGGCGGUGGGAAAAUGGGGUGGUGGCGUUUGUGGCGGAGGAGAAGCACGUGACGGGGGACGCAGUCACAUGCGCGGCAAAACGGCAGCAAGUUAGCAACAAUUGCAGUGUGUUUAGGCUGAUGCGUGGGUGUGGUUUGCUUGUGCACAGAUUAUCAUGUCUAUUUUGUUAAUUAUAUAUUUUUUGGUUGACACAAUCACAUGGCAAAAGUGUAAUUAGCGUCCUUGUUAAUAUAUGCCAUGUUAAAGUUUUGAGUAA